AUGAGUGUGCCAUCACCCAGUUGCGUUGCACAACCGUCUUCACUUUGUUUCCUGCAAGGCGAUUACGUGGCAGUUGAUGCGCUCUGCAAUUUCGAGAAGGGCGUGAAGAUCGGCGUUGGUGGAGGCACUCCUAGCGUUGUAGGUGCAGAGCAUGAGAAAAUCUCCAUGGCGAGUUCUUGGCAUGUCCUUUUGGUCCUUAAUCCAUGGCGUCCUUGCAGCCCGACACUGGUCCGGCGACAUCUGACGCUGGAGAUGUGA